GCACCAUUCAUAAAAUGAUAAAAUCAUUCAAUCGAAGGAGGAAGAUAGGGAACAUAGCAGAUCUUGCUAUUUUGGGAGAAGGAAAGACGCGGAGCAACGCCGAUGUUAUGUGCAACCAGCGAUGAGCUGUGAAGUCGACCGGGUAGCUGCGAAAGACGACGGAGGGAAGCUGAGGAAGACGAAGUCCCUCCAGAAAGUGGUCUGCGACCGAGGUGCGGCGGGCUGGGGAGCUGCAACGCGAGAGGAGAGAGGACGGUGGGAGCAGAGGCUGCUUCGCCUGGCGGUUGCUUCGUCGGCGGCUUCUUCGCCUGCUUCGAAGAUGAGUGGGAGAGGCGGAGAGUUGUCAAACUCGACAGGGUUAGGUGGCCUCCUUAGGGUUAGGCAGCGUUGGGCAAUUUAUGGCCAUGAAAAUGGCGUCGUUCCAACAAAAGUCGGAAGCCGCUGAAACCGGCCGGACCCCGGGUUUUACCGGUUUUGACCGAUUUUUCCCGGUUUUUACCGGCUACCGGCUAGCUGUGGAAUAUGGCUGGCUAGAGCCGUUUUAAUGCCCGGUUCCCAUCAAACCCGGUUGAACUGGCCGGCCGAAAAGGGGUUUGACAACCUUGGGCUGGAGGUAGUAGGUGGAAAUUGGGAACAGAUUCCCGUCUCCCCUUACACACUUUUGCCCUAUUCGCACGGGAGACGUUAUUUUAAAGCACAUUUUUUAGCACCUUUUUAUUUCAAAACAUGAUACAGGAGUCCAUGACAGGUAGAGAGUCCACAUCACCACACAAUUCAAGGGUCCUAAGAUCACUAAUUCACACAAUCAACCAACACAAUAUGAAGAAGAAACGAGACUUCUUAAAUGCAUCAACAGCCUCCAUAGUGCUACACUACCUCCCUAGGUUGCACAUUACUAUAGAGACUGUCAAUUCAAAGCAUACUGAGCAGGCAAUUGCAAGGAACACGUACUUGGAGCCCUCAAAUUGAAAUUUGGACAGUGGACUAGGCUCCAAGCACACAAACAGUCAAACAUUCACACGAAUACAUAUUCGAACAUCCC